AUGCCCAACAGCAGCUCUGUGAGCGAGUUCCUCCUGCUGGCAUUCGCAGACACACGGGAGCUGCAGCUCCUGCACUUCGGGCUCUUCCUGGGCAUCUACCUGGCUGCCCUCCUGGGCAAUGGCCUCAUCCUCACUGCCGUAGCCUGCGACCACCGCCUCCACACCCCCAUGUACUUCUUCCUCCUCAACCUUGCCCUCCUCGACCUGGGAUCCAUCUCCACCACUCUCCCCAAAGCCAUGGCCAAUACCCUUUGGGACACCAGGACCAUCUUCUACACAGGAUGUGCUGCCCAGGUCUUCUUUUCAGUCUUCUUGGUUGGAGCAGAGUAUUCCCUUCUCACUGUCAUGGCCUAUGACCGCUACAUUGCCAUCUGCAAGCCCCUGCACUACGGGAGCCUCGUGGGCAGCAGAGCUUGUGCCAAGAUGGCAGCAGCUGCCUGGGGCAGUGGCUUUGUCCAUGCUGUCCUGCACACUGCCAACACAUUUUCACUGCCCCUCUGCCAAGGCAAUGCUGUGGACCAGUUCUUCUGUGAAAUUCCUCAGAUCCUCAGUCUCUCCUGCUCAGAUUCUUACCUCACAGAGAUAGUGCUCAUCAUGUUUUCUGCCUGUUUAGGUGUUGGUUGUUUUGUUUUCAUUGUGCUGUCCUACGUGCAGAUCUUCAGGGCUGUGCUGAGGAUGCCCUCUGAACAUAGCCGGCACAAAGCGUUUUCCAUGUGUCUCCCUCACCUGGCCGUAGUUUCCCUGUUUCUAAGCACCAUCAUGUUUGCCUACAUAAAGCCCCCUUCCAUUUCCUCCUCAUUCCUAAAUGUGAUGGUGGCAGUUCUGUACUUGGUAGUGCCUCCAGCGGUGAACCCCCUCAUCUACAGCAUGAGGAACCAGGAGCUCAAGAAUGCAGUGAGGAAACUCUUUGGAUACCUGCUUCUUUAG